GGCCCUUCCACCAUCCGGCCACCGGCGAAACCACCCACCGACUUGCACUGAUUCUGGGUUGCUGAGGUGGUCAAUUGGCAUCCCGCCAGAGAGCUCCCUACCAGGUCACCGUGGACUAAAGUGGACAGUAUCACCAGCCAACCCACCCAACAAGCGCAAUCCGGCGCAACACCCCACGAACAACUGUCAAGAUGGCUCCUGGAAUGUCCCUUUUCUCCGUCAACGCGAUUCUGAUCCUCAGCAUUGAGGAUGGAUCGCGGCUAUUCUCCAAGUAUUACAGCGCACCCCACCACACCGGCUCGGCGACACACAACGGCAACUCGAACUCUUCUGGCAGCCCGUAUCCCGAUGUGAAGUCGCAAAAGGCCUUUGAGAAGGGCCUCUUGGAGAAGACGGCGAAGCAGACUGGCGAUAUCAUUCUGUACGAUAACCGGAUUGUGCUCUACAAGAUGGAAUCAGACGUCAUGAUGUACGUAGUCGGAGGCGUCGACGAGAACGAGGUGCUCCUCUACAACGUCAUUCUGGCCCUGAGAGACUCCCUGCACCUGCUCUUCAAGCAAUCCGUCGACAAGCGCACAAUCGUUGAGAACUACGACCUCGUUUCCCUCGCUAUUGACGAGAUCGUCGACGACGGCAUCAUUCUCGAAACCGACCCCACCAUCAUCGUCCAAAGAGUGAGCAAGGCGCCGGCGCAAGAUGUCGACCUCCGCCGCAUCGACCUCAGCGAACAAGGUGUCAACAACUUGGCCCAGCUUGGCAAGUCGAAAUUGGCAGACUGGCUGCGACAAGGCUUGUAAGGGGUGACGGAUGGUUUUGGAGAGAGGAGCCUAGGCGUGAGACCUAGGAAGAAAGCAAGGACGGUUGCACAACGGGAGUUACAGGGUGGCUUCUGAGGGAACGCAUCAUUAAAAGUAUAUUCCUCUUCAGAG